GCGAGAGGGAGAAACCGGUGGAGUAGCUGUGCGUCCCUCCGUGGCUGUUUUAGCUAGAAUCUGUCGCUAUUUCUCUUUUAAUCGACAUCAGAGACUGUUUGAAGAGCUAGCCAUAACGGGAGUGGGACUGAUACAGCGGUGAAAAACCCAGACAGACCUCUUCCGCACGCUUUGUCUUUGUCAGACGUCUUGUGAUUGUAUUACUGUGCGGUAACGGUGUAUUUAAAGGAUAACGUUUCUCGUUGGCUUGAUCUUGUGGAUAUUUAUCUACGAUGAGUACUUUGGAGUCUGUGGAUCGGGUCGAAUUGUGCGAAAGCCUUUUGACAUGGAUCCAGACCUUUGGGGUUGAGGCGCCAUGCAAAACAGUAGAAGACCUCACAAGUGGGGUUGUAAUGGCACAGGUCCUUCAAAAAAUAGAUAUUGUAUAUUUUAACGACAACUGGAUAAGUCGGAUAAAAUCUGAAGUUGGGGAUAAUUGGAGAUUAAAGGUCAGCAAUUUAAAGAAAAUAUUGAAGGGAAUUUUGGAUUACAACCAUGAGGUGCUGGGCCAGCAGAUCAAUGACUUCACCCUCCCAGACGUCAACCUGGUCGGGGAGCACUCGGACGCAGCCGAGCUGGGCAGGAUGCUGCAGCUCAUCCUCGGCUGCGCAGUCAACUGCGAGCAGAAACAAGAAUACAUCCAGACCAUAAUGAUGAUGGAGGAGUCUGUACAGCAUGUUGUCAUGACAGCAAUUCAAGAGCUGAUGAGCAAAGAGACCCCUGUCAUGGCAGGAAACGACUCGUACGUCGACCUCGACAGACAGCUGAAGAAAACUGUGGAGGAGCUCAAUGAUGCUCUGGCGACCAAAGAAGAAAUUGCUCAGCGCUGUCAUGAGUUGGACAUGCAGGCAUACCUUGUUCAAGAGGAGCGAGAUAGACUGAGAUUAGAGUAUAUUGAACUAGAGGAGAGGGUGGCAGCGCUGCAGGAGGAGAAGGGCAGCCUGCUGGCAGAGAACCAGAUCCUGAUGGAGCGACUCAACCAGUCCGACUCCAUCGAGGACCUCAACAGCCCGGCCGGGCGGAGGCACCUACAGCUGCAGACCCAGCUGGAGCAGCUCCAGGAGGAAACCUUCAGGCUGGAGGCGGCGAAGGACGACUACAGGAUACGCUGCGAGGAGCUGGAGAAGGAGAUCGUGGAGCUGAGGGCGCAGAACGAGGAGCUGACCUCCCUGGCGGACGAGGCGCAGUCGCUGAAGGACGAGAUGGACGUGCUCCGGCACUCCUCUGACAAAGUGUCCAAGCUGGAGGGGAUGGUAGAAUCCUACAAGAAGAAGCUAGAGGACCUGGGUGACCUGAGGAGGCAAGUGAAGCUGCUGGAGGAGAAGAACACCCUGUAUAUGCAGAACACAGUCAGCCUGGAGGAGGAGCUGAGGAAGGCCAACACGGCCAAGGGACAGCUGGAGACCUACAAGAGACAGGUGGUGGAGCUUCAAAACAGACUCUCCGAAGAGUCCAAAAAGGCUGACAAGAUGGAGUUUGAGUACAAGCGCCUCAAAGAAAAAGUGGACUCUCUUCAAAAAGAGAAAGAUCGCCUGCGAACGGAGAGGGAUUCCCUGAAGGAGACCAUCGAGGAGCUGCGCUGUGUCCAGGCACAGGAAGGCCAGCUCACUGCAGGCUUGGGUCCGCUGGGCAGCAGCGACGCCUCAGACCUGCUGGCGGCAGAGUACGUCACACCUGAGAUUCGGGAGAAGCUGAUACGACUGCAGCACGAGAACAAGAUGCUGAAGCUGAACCAGGAGGGGUCGGACAACGAGAAGAUCGCCCUGCUGCAGAGCCUGCUGGAGGACGCCAACAGCAGGAAGAACGAGCUGGAGACUGAGAACAGGCUGGUGAACCAGAGACUGAUGGAGGGCCAGUCUCAGGUGGAGGAGCUGCAGAAGUCUCUACAGGAGCAGGGCUCCAAGGCGGACGAUUCAAUUAUCCUGAAGAAGAAGUGUGAAGAGCAUUUGGAGAAGCUUCGGGAAGCAACCAACGAGCUUCAGAAGAAGAACGCUUAUAUCGAAGACCUGGAGCCCAAAUACAACAGCAGCUCCCAAAAAGUUGAGGAGUUGGAGGAGGCCUUAAAAAAGAAAGAUGAGGACAUGAAACAAAUGGAGGAGAGGUACAAGAAGUACCUGGAGAAGGCCAAGAGUGUGAUCCGGACCCUUGACCCCAAACAGAACCAGGGCUCUGCUCCAGAGGUCCAGGCUCUGAAGAACCAGCUGCAGGAGAGAGACAGAAUGCUGCAUUCACUAGAGAAGGAGUAUGACAAGACAAAAACCCAGCGAGAUCAGGAGGAGAAGCUCAUUGUGUCUGCAUGGUACAACAUGGGCAUGGCACUGCAGAAGAAGGCUGCUGAGGACAGGCUGGCCAGCACGGGCUCGGGCCAGUCCUUCCUGGCCCGCCAGCGACAGGCCACCAGCACGCGCCGCUACCCGGGCCACGUCCAGUCCGCCACAGCAAGUGAUGUGAUUGCAUGACCUCCCCCCUUCCCCGCCCGGCCGGGUCGGCGGCUGCAUGACGUGCCGUUUGCAUGACUUUCAGUUGAGCCUGCAAAAUAACCCCAUCGACACUAACCCCUCCCCCGUGUGCCCACCGCGGUGCCCUGAGUGGGCGGAGCUCCUGCAGAGAGGAGACCCCUCCCCUCUCCCUCAACCUCCACCGAGGCCACCGUCUCCCUCCACUCACGGACGCGCUUGCUUGUGCUUCUAAAACUACUGCAUUCCCUUCAUGCUGCGGCCCAAGGCAAAGGCUGCUGUUUGUUUUUUGGGGGCGGGGCAGGGGCGUGGCUGGGCUGGGUGGAGUCUUGCCUCCUCCAUUCCCUGCAGUUAGCCAAUGGCUUCGUUUCCCCUCUGUCUCCUCCUGCUGCUACCAAGGUUCACCUCCUCUGGACUGACUUUGAAUGCUUUGCUCCCGGAAAAUACGGAAUAGUUGGAACAGUGUUGUGGGUAGGAGGGGCUACAUUGCAUUGUGAUGUCGAUCAGUGUUCUUAGUGUCACUCCUGGCUUCACAAGGGCAGCGAUCAAACAUGGCUAACUGGCUUUGCUUGAGUGGAACUUGCAUUUCACUGCUGCAAUUGGGCACCUUCUAAAAACAGCAGAAUAUUGAUAGAGCUGCCAUCUUGAAAUGUUGGGUUUUUGCUUUUCUGUUUCCAUUUUGUGUUUUUGGAAAGUUUAAAGGGGGGUUGAUAAUGUUGAUUUUAAACUUCCCUGUAAUUACUGCCUAUGACAGAAUGCAUGAGUUCCCCAAAGUUUUUUUUUUUUUUUUUUUUUUUC